GACGCAUGGCCAAGGCCGGGCGGCCGCCUUGCCCCCGCUUCCUUUCACGCUGUCGCUGCCCGUAGGUGGUUGUGGCCACUGUGCCCGGAGGGAGGCGGCGGUGGCCAGUAAUGCCUGGGAAACUCCUCUGGGGGGACAUUAUGGAGCUGGAAGCACCCUUGGAGGAGUCCGAGAGCCAGAAGAAGGAGAGGCAAAAGGUGUUUAUUGAACCUAAUUUGUACCAUACUCUUUGCUGAGUACCAAGGAGGUUAAACUAAAUAAGUAAAGAAAUGGUCUCUGCUCUCAAGGAGCCUGUAGAGGAGUUGUAGUCUUUCCUCCUCCCAGCCCCCUGCCCUCCAAAAAAAAAAAAAAAAAAAAAAAAAGGAAAAGAAAAAACAUCCUGAAACACUCAGAGGAUCACAAGGUGCUGAAAAAAUGCCCAGGUAAAAUUAUUACUGGAGACAUUUGACCUGGAAAAAAGAAAUCAGCUGAAGAGGCUAAGGUGGCAGUAUUCGAAGGCUGACAUUCGACAAAAGAAUGAGACUUAUUUUGUAUAGCCUUAGAAAGCAGAAUCUACCUCUCUGACCUUAUCACUAAGCUGUCACCACCAUCCAUCUCCAGAACUUUUCAUUGUCCCAGACUGAAACUCUGUGCCCAUUAAACACUCACUUCUCAUUCCUCUCUCCUUCCACUCCCGGCAACUACCAUUCUACUUUCGCUCUGUGAAUUUGACUACUGAAGUUACCUAGAGUGUAAGCAGAAAACCAAGCAGAGCUUUAUGGAUAUCGCAAUUUCGGAUAAGGGAUUAUGGACCUGUACUUCCCUUAUAGGGUUGUUAUGAAGAUUUAAACAAGAUAAGCUGAAAACACAUUACACAGUGCUGGAGUGACAGAAGGAAGUCAAGGCACCAUUAUGACUCGGAUGAGAAAUCAGAAACAAGAGAAAAUGGUAUUACAGAUGACCUGGAUGCUCCCAAGGCCAAAAAAUCUAAAAUGAAAGAGAAGCUAAAUGGAGACACUGAAGAAGGAUUUAAUAGACUUUCAGAUGAAUUCUCCAAAUCUCAUAAGUCAAGAAGAAAAGAUCUACCAAAUGGAGAUAUAGAUGAAUAUGAAAAAAAAUCAAAGCGAGUAUCAUCCUUAGAUACUUCUACUCAUAAAUCAAGUGAUAAUAAACUAGAGGAGACCUUAACACGUGAACAGAAAGAAGGAGCCUUCUCCAAUUUUCCUAUUUCUGAAGAGACUAUAAAGCUUCUGAAAGGUCGAGGGGUAACAUAUCUCUUUCCUAUUCAAGUUAAGACCUUUGGUCCUGUAUAUGAAGGAAAAGAUUUAAUAGCUCAAGCACGGACAGGAACAGGAAAGACAUUCUCUUUUGCCAUCCCCUUAAUUGAAAGACUCCAAAGAAAUCAAGAAACAAUUAAAAAAAGCCGCUCACCAAAGGUACUUGUUUUGGCUCCAACAAGGGAACUGGCAAACCAAGUAGCCAAAGACUUCAAAGAUAUAACUAGGAAACUCAGCGUGGCGUGUUUUUAUGGUGGAACAUCAUAUCAAAGCCAAAUUAAUCAUAUUCGAAAUGGUAUUGACAUCUUGGUUGGAACACCUGGUCGUAUCAAAGACCAUCUGCAGAGUGGCCGAUUGGAUCUUUCUAAACUGCGACAUGUUGUGCUUGAUGAAGUGGAUCAGAUGUUAGAUUUAGGUUUCGCUGAACAAGUUGAAGAUAUUAUUCAUGAAUCCUACAAAACUGAUUCUGAAGACAAUCCUCAGACUUUACUUUUUUCUGCAACUUGCCCACAGUGGGUAUACAAAGUUGCAAAAAAAUACAUGAAAUCCAGAUAUGAACAGGUUGACCUUGUUGGAAAAAUGACUCAAAAGGCUGCAACUACUGUGGAACAUUUGGCCAUCCAGUGUCAUUGGUCUCAGAGGCCAGCAGUUAUUGGAGAUGUCCUUCAAGUCUACAGUGGGUCUGAAGGGAGGGCUAUUAUUUUCUGUGAGACCAAGAAGAAUGUAACUGAAAUGGCCAUGAAUCCACACAUAAAACAGAAUGCCCAGUGUUUACAUGGGGACAUUGCACAGUCACAAAGAGAAAUUACACUAAAAGGCUUCAGAGAAGGUAGUUUUAAAGUUUUGGUGGCAACCAAUGUGGCUGCCCGUGGUUUGGACAUUCCUGAAGUUGACCUGGUGAUUCAAAGUUCUCCUCCUCAGGAUGUUGAGUCCUAUAUCCAUCGCUCUGGACGCACAGGUAGAGCUGGACGGACAGGGAUUUGUAUAUGUUUUUAUCAACCAAGAGAAAGAGGUCAACUAAGAUAUGUGGAACAAAAAGCAGGAAUUACUUUUAAACGUGUAGGUGUUCCUUCUACAAUGGAUUUAGUUAAAUCUAAAAGCAUGGAUGCCAUCAGGUCUCUGGCUUCCGUUUCUUAUGCUGCUGUUGAUUUUUUCCGACCAUCAGCUCAGAGACUGAUAGAAGAGAAAGGUGCAGUGGAUGCAUUGGCUGCAGCUUUAGCCCACAUUUCUGGUGCAUCAAGCUUUGAACCACGAUCUUUGAUCACCUCUGAUAAGGGGUUUGUGACCAUGACUCUGGAAAGCCUAGAGGAAAUACAGGAUGUCAGCUGUGCUUGGAAAGAACUUAACAGAAAGCUGAGUAGUAAUGCAGUGUCUCAGAUUACCAGAAUGUGCCUCCUGAAAGGAAAUAUGGGUGUUUGCUUUGAUGUUCCUACAACUGAGUCAGAAAGGUUACAGGCAGAGUGGCAUGAUUCCGACUGGAUACUCUCAGUGCCAGCCAAAUUACCUGAAAUUGAAGAAUAUUAUGAUGGAAACACAUCUUCUAAUUCCAGACAGAGGAGUGGCUGGUCAAGUGGUCGAUCAGGCCGGUCAGGCCGGUCAGGUGGUCGAUCUGGCGGCCGGUCAGGUAGACAGAGUCGACAAGGAAGUCGCUCAGGAAGUCGACAAGAUGGUAGAAGACGAAGUGGGAAUAGAAAUCGAUCAAGAAGUGGGGGCCACAAACGGAGUUUUGACUGAGUAUUUGAUAGUUAAUCUACCAGUGUGAGCUUGCCUAUUUCUGCCUAAUCAUGUACAUUAUCCACCAAAAAUUAGGUCAUCAUAGUUGAGGUAUGUGUCUGCUAUUUGCAAAGAAGUUGGUCGUAUUUUUUUAAAAAGUAUUUCACAAGAAUGGAACAAAUCUACUUAUCCAGUUAUACCUUUGAAUAAAAAAACCUCCUUUUAUUGUCUCUUUUCA